AAGAGAUUACCUGCAAAUGGGAGAAGAAACACGGAGGAGCAAAAAGUCUGUUGUAGUGGAGAACAUGUGAGACAUUUUUCGUAAACCGAAGCAGCUCUAUCACAGAAAAUGGAGGCACUUUCGGGUCAGAAGUCUUCUUUUUCUGCCUCCACUUCAAAGAAGGAGAGUUUCCCUCCACCUGUGAAGAGAUCUGUGAAAUCCGGCGUCAGGCUUCAAAGCCUUCGGCUCAUUAGAGGGGCUUCUCUGAGCUUGAUACUUACAUGCCAUGAUGACCUCAGAGUUCUGGAGGUGAGAUGUCCAAAGGUCUCGCUGGAUUAUUCGCCAGAGAUGAAGAUUACCGAGUGGCUUCCCAAACCUGGACAGUAAAGCUCAAACAUUCUUAGGGGAGAAGCCCUCUCCUGAAUCUGAUUAAGGAGAAAAGUGUUGCUGUCAUUCCCUCUGAGACAGCUGUAAAAGCUCUUUGUAAGGAGGGAAUGAAGAAAAACAGGCUAGUUUUAGCUCCUACAGCAAUUUAAAACUUGGUCUGAACUUUGCUGACAGAUGAAGGUCCCCUAGCUGGAAAAAAAAUCAAAACUUUUAGCUUUCUGUGUUCAAUAUUUUUAAUUCUUAUGCAUAAAAAAAUAACAAAAAUGUUGAUCUGAAUCUAAAAGAAGAGGUUUAAGUUCAGCUCCAGAAAAAAAAAUGUUUAGCUUUUAUGUUGCCAUAAAAUUAUUUGCAAAAUGCAUAAAAAGGUUGCUGAUGUAUCUGACAUCUAGAAUUUACAGAGCAGAGAGGAAUGUUAGCAGAACAACUGCACUGUUUUUCUGAAGUGCAUCCGAUGUAGAAACAUUUGCUUAUAGAUACAGCUCCGCCUCAAAUAUGUCAGCAUAAAAACCCAUUUGCUCCCGUAAAGUUCCAGCAGGAGUGCUUAUAAGCCUUUUUCAUUGCUUCUGGUGAGUCCAUUGGAUGACGUUCCUGUGCUUAAACUUCAGAUUUUGAAUGUUUCAUAAAAUAAAAAAACACCUAUAUAUAAAAUAAUGGAAAUUAAAUAAAAAAAUGCAUCAAUUAAAUGUAAACAAAAAUGGUCAAAUUGAUCUCUAUGAGAUGCAAAAUAUUUGGGAAUCAAGUUUAGAGAUGAUAAACGGGCCUAAAUGAAGUUUUAAAGAUAAAUGUUUUACUUAUUUUGUAAACUUAAUUUCAAAUAUGAAACGUUAUUUGUGUUUAUUUCAUUGCAUUUUGUAGAGGAAUUUCUUCUUUUUUGCCUUUUGGUCUUUUGUCCCUUCAGGAUUCCCGUAGUAUUCAAUUUCGCGCUCCAGCCGCCAUCUUGGUCGUAAAUCUGAAGCCACUUUCUGCUGAACAUGCCCAUCAGGAAGUCACAUGACCACUGGAGGCAGUGUGGCUUUCCAAGAAACACUCCUAAUUAGCGGUGGUUGCUAUAGAAAUGAUGACUCAGACUCAGACCACUGCUCACCAAUGUCGUCCGGUCCCAAAAUGGCGAAAUCCUGACUGCGGAAAAAUGGCGGCUGAAUUGACUUAAUUUCGUUGGAUCCCGAGGUAAGGCAUUUUCUCUUGGUGAUGUCACACUUUUGAUUUGUCCAUCUCUAUACAUGUCAAUGAUUGAAAUAGACACUUUUACACCUUAGAAAACAAAGUUUCUCGUAGCAUUUGAACAGAACCUUAGAUGACAAUUAGUCAUUUAAAAAUAUAUUUUUUAAUUUCAGGUUGUAAAACCAAACCCUUUUUUUUAACUUCCAACUGCUCAGCAAGGUCACACAGCUUCAUCAAUUUAUUAAAAAUCUAAUUUGGCAAAUAAGAAAAAUCUGCAUAUUUGAUUUGAAAUAUUGAAAAGGGAAAUUAGAGGUCAUAAUGUUUUUUUUUUUAAACUUAAUUUGAUACAAAUGUCACUUUGUCAUAUGCACUUAUUAAAAUUCCUAAUAUGAUUAUAGUUUCAAUGUUUUCUGUUGAAAUCUGGACAAAUUUGAUUUUUUUUGGUCCAAAUUUCAGGCAGCUUAGAAUGAAAGUCAUUUUUUUCCUUUCCCUGCCUCGUGUGGCAGCGGUUUGGCUGGACCGGUCCUCCUGCAAGACACAGACAAGAAUCCCAAACAGUGUUAUUAAACACUGAAGUGAACUGUAAUCCUGCCUUGUAAUUGGAUGCGAGCUUAUGUCCACACAUGACCAUUUAAAACCGUCCUUGUAAUCCCUUUUUUCUUCUCAGACAUCUGCAGUUAAGCUGGCGAGCAGAACUGAGGGAUUACACACUUCACUGGAAGGGACACCGGGACUUUCACAGCAGCAACCAUGGUGGACGCAGCGGCAGCAGAGCAGUUCCUGGACGCCAACCCGCAGUUCGCCAAGCAGUACUACGACCGAUAUCUGCGCCCUAAAGUCAUCUCCAACCUGCUGGAAGGCAACCGCAAACCAGCGGUGGACAUCAGCAAGUUUCACGACUUGACCAUGAUGGACGAGAGCGAGAUCCUCUUUGACCUGGUGCGGGACAUCCAGGACAACCUGCAGAUGGAGAGGUCCAUCUUCAAGCUCAUGAAGCACCUCAGCUUCAUGAUGAGGGCGGACCGCAUGAGCCUGUUCAUGUACCGGCAGAGAAACGGCGUGGCUGAGUUGGCCACCAGGUUGUUUAACGUCCAUAAAGAUGCGACGUAUGAUGAGUGCCUGGUGCCGCCUGAGAGUGAAAUCGUGUACCCGCUGGACAUGGGCAUUGUGGGACACGUGGCCACAAGCAAGAAGAUGGUGAACAUUCCUGACGUGUCGAAGAGCUCUCAUUUUAGCAACUUUGUGGAUGAGCUGACCGAGUACACCACCAAAAACAUCCUGGCCAUCCCCAUCAUGAACGGGAAAGACAUGGUGGCUGUGAUGAUGGCGGUCAACAAGAUCGACGGGCCGAGCUUCACCAAGAAGGAUGAAGAGAUCUUAAACAAAUACUUGGACUUUGCCAACCUGGUUCUGAGAGUUUUCCACCUGAGUUACCUUCACAACUGUGAGACCAGAAGAGGACAGGUUCUGCUGUGGUCGGCCAGCAAGGUGUUUGAGGAGCUGACGGACAUCGAGAGGCAGUUCCACAAGGCCCUGUACACGGUCCGAGCUUUUCUCAACUGUGACCGUUACUCUGUGGGUCUGCUGGACAUGACCAAGACCAAGGAGUUCUUCGACUUGUGGCCUAUUCUGAUGGGGGAAGCUGCUCCGUACGACGGACCAAAGACGCCCGACGGCAGGGAAAUUAUUUUCUACAAAGUGAUCGACUACAUCCUCCACGGCAAAGAGGACAUCAAAGUCAUACCGGGUCCUCCAGCGGAUCACUGGGCUCUGGUCAGCGGUUUGCCCACGUAUGUGGCAGAGACCGGACUGAUCUGUAACAUCAUGAACGCAGCGGAAGAUGAGUUUUUUAGCUUCCAGACGGAGCCUCUGGACGAGUCCGGCUGGACCAUCAAGAACGUCCUCUCCAUGCCAAUCGUCAACAAGAAGGAGGAGAUCGUGGGCGUGGCCACCUUCUAUAACAGGAAGGACGGGAAACCCUUUGAUGAAAUGGACGAGACGCUGAUGGAGUCUCUGACUCAGUUCCUGGGCUGGUCUGUGCUGAACACCGACACCUACGACAAGAUGAACAAGCUGGAGAACAGGAAGGACAUCUUCCAGGACAUGGUGCUGUACCACGUCAAGUGUCGCAAGGAUGAGAUCCAGAACAUUCUGAACACCAGAGAACGGUGGGGAAGGGAGCCAGACGAGUGCGAGGAGGAGGACCUUCAGGAGAUUCUGACAGAAGUUCUUCCGAGUGCAAAGAAAUCCGAGAUCUACGAGUUUCACUUCUGCGACUUUGAGCACACUGAGCUGGACCUGGUGAAGUGUGGUAUCAGGAUGUACUACGAGCUGAAAGUGGUGGACAAGUUUCACAUUCCCAGAGAGGUCCUGGUGAGGUUCAUGUACUCGCUCAGCAAAGGCUACCGGAAGAUCACCUACCACAACUGGAGACACGGCUUCAACGUGGGACAGACCAUGUUCACGCUGCUCAUGACAGGUGACCUGAAGCGUUACUACACCGACCUGGAGGCCAUGGCCAUGGUGACCGCCGGCUUCUGCCACGACAUCGACCACAGAGGAACCAACAACCUUUACCAGAUGAAGUCUGGUAAUCCUCUGGCGAAGCUUCACGGCUCCUCCAUUCUGGAAAGACACCACCUGGAGUUUGGGAAGACUCUGCUGAGAGAUGAGGCGCUGAACAUUUACCAGAACCUGAACCGCCGUCAACACGAUACCGUCAUCCACCUCAUGGACAUCGCCAUCAUCGCCACGGAUCUGGCGCUCUACUUCAAGAAAAGGACGAUGUUCCAGAAGAUCGUGGACCAGUCCAAGACCUACGAGAACUGGAACGACUGGACCAAAUACAUGAUGCUGGAGACGACCCGCAAAGAAAUCGUCAUGGCCAUGAUGAUGACAGCCUGUGACCUCUCUGCCAUUGCCAAACCAUGGGAGAUCCAGAGCAAGGUGGCGCUCUCUGUGGCGGCAGAGUUCUGGGAACAGGGAGAUCUGGAGAGGACGGUCUUGGAGCAGCAGCCAAUCAAACGGCCUCAGUGAGAGAGCAGAGAUGAGGUUCAUCAGCUCUGUGAAGGUUCUAUUCCUGCUGGAGAUGUUGGACAGACGAGAGGAGAGGCGCCGGGGCUGCUGG